GGAGUUUUCGUUCUCACGAUAGUCACCUGCCACAGUUUUGCUGCGAGCUGCGACCUCUACAUGGAUAAAGUCUGGCCGUAUUGUCUCCGAUUUUCAACAGGAGGCAGUUCCGACAGCUCUGACAGGAACUAUUAAGCAAUUAAGCAAGAAGAAGAUAAUCAAUUAUCAACAUGUCACGAACAGGAACAAAACUUGAUGCAAAGAAAGUGAACUCUGAAUUGUUCACCCUAACUUAUGGUUCGAUUGUGGCUCAGUUGCUCCAGGACUAUGAAAACGUAGAGGACGUUAACAAACAACUGGAAAGAAUGGGUUAUAACAUUGGAAUACGAUUGAUAGAGGAUUUUCUUGCAAGGACUGGCUCCGGCCGAUGCUAUGAUUUCAGAGAUACGGCGGAGAAGAUUCAGAGUGGCUUCAAGAUAUUCCUAGGUAUAAUGCCAUCGAUUACGAAUUGGAGCCCGGCUGGUGACGAAUUCUCUCUAUGCUUCGAAACGAAUCCACUAACAGAAUUCGUGGAAUUACCGGAUAAUUAUUCGAAUCUCAAGUAUUGUAAUAUAUUGCCUGGCGUGCUCAGAGGAGCCUGUGAAAUGGUGCAAAUGGAAAUCGUCUGCUGGUUUAUUCAGGAUCAGCUUAAGAACGACAAUUUGACCGAAUUACGUGUGAAAUUUGUUAAAAGGUUAGAAGAUGCAAUACCAGCUGGCGAAGAUUGAAUGUAUCCAUUACGUAAAUGUGUGCAAACGAUAUCUGUGAUAUCGUAUAUAUCGUUUUAAUGAUUAAAAUAUAUUGUAUCUUUAAAUUUAAGAUUGUAA